UAAAAAAAUAAGUAAUAGCUUAUGCGCAGCUUGUGACUAAAAAUAAAUCAAUUAGCAAUUUGUUAAACGGCAUUUGUGCUUAAGCUUACUAACAGCAAGUGUGAUUAUUCAUAAAUACAAUAAACACACAUUUAGCAAGAUUACACUUGCUGAACCGGCGUCAUAUAAAUAAAAAAAAACAACAAUAAAAGCAGCAGCAAAAGCUUUAAGCUCGCAGCUUAGUUCGCUACUAAAAUGAGAACCGCUUGCGUUAGUCUCUUUACGGCAUUCGCUCGUUUGCCUACUACGCUAAACGAAGCUCGCUGGAUCGGCAGCUACAGUAAGAAAAUAAAUCUUUGCGAUACUUACAAACGACGUUUGGUUCAUACAAUGAGCUUGCCACAACGCAUUCCCUUCACCUCGGACUUUUUCUUUCGUCAGCUGUUCGAUACGGAAAGCAGCACGUAUAGCUAUCUGCUGGCGGAUGUUAACUCAGGCGAGGCUGUGAUCAUUGAUCCCGUGCUGGAGCAGGCAAAGCGCGAUGCGCAGCUAGUUAAAGACUUGGGCUUCAAGCUCAAAUAUGCCAUCAAUACACAUAUGCAUGCGGAUCACAUAACGGGCAGUGGCUGGCUUAAGCAAUUGACUGGCUGCCAGUCGCUCAUAGCUGCGGCUAGUGGCGCCAAGGCGGAUCGUCAUUUGACAGAGGGCGAUCGCAUAGAGUUUGGACGUCAUGCCAUCGAUACUUUGGCUACGCCUGGACACACCAAUGGCUGCAUGAGUUAUGUGAUAAACGAACAGGGUUGUGUCUUUACCGGUGAUACGCUUUUGAUACGCGGCUGCGGACGCACAGAUUUCCAGGAGGGCAGCUCUAAGCACUUGUAUGAGAAUGUGCAUACAAAGAUCUUUAGUCUGCCGGAGCAGUAUCGCAUCUAUCCAGCGCAUGAUUACAAAGGACAGCUCGAGAGCAGCGUUUGGGAGGAGAAACGUUAUAAUCCUAGACUUACCAAAAACUUGGAGGAAUUUGUCAAGAUUAUGGAUAAUCUUAAUCUACCAUAUCCCAAGAAAAUCGACGCUUCACUGCCCGCAAAUCGCGAAUGUGGCGUCUAUGAUAUACCCAAGGAACAGUAAAUGAAACUGUGCUCAAAGCUUGUUGAUGAAUGGACUAAUGGACUGCAAUAUUCUUAUAUUAUAUAUCGAACAAGCUUGUAACCUCAGCUAUUAUAAAUAAAAUAUGUUUUUCUACAAUAUCAAUAUACAC